CUUAUACACAAGACAAGUGUUUAGAAGGUGAAAUAUUCGAACUAAUAAAAGAUAAAUUUAAUGAAGUUGAACAUGUGGAAGUUGACUUUGUUAAAGGAAAAGCAACUGAAUUUGUUCAAAGCGAACAUAUUGAAGACGAAACUCAGAAAAGUGAUGAUAUAGAAAUUGAUCAAG